CACGCCGCCUCAAGAUGGCGGCGGGCGGGCCGGCGGCGAGGGGGGAGUCACGUGCCCUCCCCUGGGCCAAUCAGCUGCGGGCGGUGCCUGCGCUAAGAUGGCGGACGAUAAGGACCCGCUGCCCAAGCUGAAGGACCUCGCCUUCCUGAAGGACCAGCUGGAGAGCCUGCAGCGCAGGGUGGAGGAUGAGGUGCACGCUGGCGUGGGGCAGGAUGGCUCUCUGCUGGCCUCACCCUUUCUCAAAGGCUUCCUGGCAGGCUACCUGGUAGCCAAACUUCGCUUCUCGGCCGUCCUGGGGUUCGUGGUUGGGACCUGCACGGGGAUAUACGCCGCUCAGAACUACGCCGUCCCCAAUGUUGAAAAGACAGUCCGGGACUAUUUCGGUUCACUGAAAAAAGGUCGGGACUAGCGAGGAGCCCUUUGGCGGCAGUGACUGUAGGAACAGUACUUCUUAGUCAGCAGGUGCAGAAGAUUCCUAGGGCUUUCAGAGGCACAUCAUGCACACUGAUCUAUUCCACUGGAAAAGGGCUUUAUACCACCUCAUUGUGAGACAUCGGCGGGUCUGGUUUUGGGGUAUUUCUUAGAGCAUCGUGGCAGCGGUGAUCACUAACCCACGGUGGCUGACGGUUUGCCAGCUGCUUUUCCCCUCGCCUCUCACCCAUGCUCCUGUACACUGAAAGGCUGCUUGUGACAUGUCCUCACGCACACCACCCAUAUGCCCUUCCACCAAGUGCACACUUUGCCCUAGGAACAUAUUUUGUGUGGCUUCCUGGGGAGGCUUGUAGUUUUCUCCCUAAGGAAGGACAAAACCAUUCUCUUCUACUUCAUCAGAAAUGUAGCAGGUAGCAUCCUGUUUUAAUCAGGCUCAUUAAAUUCAUGGUAUUUGGUCUCUUCUUGAA